GGCACACAGGGAAUUGUAAUGUUGAUUUUGUUGUUUUGUUUACAAACUAUUUAAUUUAUAAACCAGCCUACUUGCUGCCAACUGCUCUCCAGGAUGAAUAUCACAAGCUCGCCGGUGGUGCUGUUGAAGUGCCGGAUAUGCCUCGCCGAUUCCCAGGAGGAGACAAUGAGUUCCCUGUUUGAUGAUGAGGCUGAAAACAAUGAUCUGCUAAACGAGAAGGUGGAGUUUUGCUGCGGCAUAAAGGUUCGUAGAUCUGCCCAGAUGCCAACAAAGGUCUGCAGCAGUUGUAGUGAAUUCGUCCGAAUGUGGUUCAACUUUCGCCAGAUGUGCCUGAACUCACAGGUAUACUGGGAAACAAGUUGCCCGGAUUCGGAGAGACCGGAUGAUUUGGUUCAAGUCAGCGAUGGCGAGUACAUGGAGUAUCUCUACGAAAAUCUCCAGCUGAAUUUGAGCCCUGGGAACAAUUGCCAGGAGGAGAUCAGCCAAGUGGCGGAGGAGGAGCAACAGCUAGAGGAUCAAGUACAAGAAGACCUCGAUAUUAACGGAUUUAUCAUAAACGAUCAAAUCGAAGAGGAUGAUGAGCAAAUUAAAGAGAGUUCUGAACAAAUGUUGAUUUCCCACCUGGACGCCUACGCUAACGAUCCAGAAGUGGCAGAAACCAUUGAAGAUAAGGGUGAGCUCGUGGAGGAUUCUUCCCUCCUAAAUGAAGAAUACUAUGAGGUCGAUUACGAGGAGCUCAACGAAGAUGAUUUUCUUUCAACCUCACCUUCGCCGGCUCCCAGCCCACAAGAGGACACGCUCAACUCAGGAAGGUUCCGGAAGCUGGGCAGGCCCCGUAAGCCCGACAGCGAACUCAAGUUCAAGCGGAAGGACAUCAACGGCAAGGGAAAAGCGUCCAAGACCAAGACCGAAGACAAGUUUGUCUGCAAUCUGUGCGGCAACGUCUAUUACAAGAAAUCCAUCUUCACCGCCCAUCUGAUGACCCAUACGGAAUACAAACCACAUCAAUGCGAAAUCUGCAACAAAUCCUUUCGCCAAAUGGGCGAGCUGCGGGCUCACAUCCGACGCCAUACGGGAGUGCGUCCCUACAAGUGCAUGUACUGCGACCGCCACUUCUAUGAUCGAAGCGAAAGAGUUCGCCACGAGCGGGUACACACUAACACUCGUCCCUACGCCUGUCAAGAGUGCGGCAAGACCUUUACACACACCGCCAUACUAAAGAAUCAUCUUCUGGUCCACUCCGGCGAAAAAAAUUACAACUGUGACAUAUGCUCCAAGUCAUUCACCCUGCUGCAUCAGUUAAAGGCCCAUUUGCAGACCCUCACCCACCGCAACAAACUGGAAAGCACCAUUCCCAACUCUACGGACUUCUCGCAAAGCUAAUGCGCUGCAAAUAUAUUAUAAUUUAAGUUUGCUAAAAGUAUUUCAGGCUAGAAAAAAAGACAAGUUUGUCAUAAAUUUAUAUUUAUUUUUAUUAGCUAUU